GGCCACGGUGCCGCAUGAGGUACGCGGUGCAGACGGCGGCCGAGCGGCUGCGGCCAUUCUUGCAGUAGACGAGGCAGGCGCCGCCGGCGCGCACUGCGGCCUCCAUGGCGGCGCAGGGCUUGGGCUCUCAUGAACCGAGGAGGAGAGGAGCAUGGAGAUCUCCAUUUUAUCCUUAACACCACAAGGGGAAGGCAGCCCUGGGUGAACGCCACGUUGGGAGAAACCAGAUCCUUCAUAACAUUGUUGGGCCACUGAACCAAACCAAACCUGAGACCUUCCUCUUGGGGCUGUUCGGUUUCCUGAGCCAGCAAAUCACCCUUUAUUGUUGGAGGAUGAGUCUAUUCUCUUCACCUUGAUGGCUGUGUUUAGUUUGGACCACCCUCUUCUGGACCUGACACCAGCUUCCUGGGGAGAGCCCUCCUUCCUGCUCCCUUCAACAGCAGUUUGGGAAGCCGAGCAGAGGCACAACGAGCUGUCUGUAAAUGUGUUUAUGUAAAGAGAAAUUCAACUAAAACUUCAAAAGAUCCUACAAACCUGGUUCAUAGACGAGAGACAUGGAAGGUGGUUAUUCCUCAGACCAGCUGGAGAGGAGAGGCAGCGAGCCUACUCUCAAUGAGGAUUCAGGGACCUUGGAGAGCUCCAUCCUCUUCACCAAAAGGAACAUUCCAGAGGCCCCGGAGGAGGAGGAGGAGGAGCCCCAGGCCCCCCUUAGGGAGCAGGACCUGAAGGAGACCUACAUCCAGCUGGUCCAAGGUGUGCAGGAGUGGCAGGAUGGCUGCGUCUACCGAGGGCAUUUCGGGCUGGACAUGAAGCUGGGGUAUGGAGAAUUCUCGUGGCCUACGGGUGAGUCCUACCAUGGGCAGUUUUACCGGGACCACCGCCAUGGCUUCGGCACCUACAUGUGGCCAGAUGGCUCCAGUUUCACUGGCAUGUUUUACCUCAGCUUUCGAGAAGGCUACGGCACUAUGUACAUGAAGACAAGGCUCUUCCAGGGGCUGUACAAAGCAGACGAGCGGUUUGGGCCGGGCAUCGAGACCUACCCCGACGGCAGCCAGGAAGUGGGGCUGUGGUUCCGGGAGCACCUGAUCAAGCUGUGCACGGAAAUACCCUGCAGCGUCUCCAUCAGCAGUUACCCCGAGUUCCAGGGCUUCCUCACGCACUCCCCCGCCAGAAUCAGCCUCUCUGAGGAGGAGACCAUGCACUGGGACCUGCAGGAGGAGCGGGACCCGUUUUUCUACAACUACAAGCAGUUCCUGCUGAACGACGACCUGACUCUGCCCCCGGAUGUGUACCUCUACUCCACCGACAACACCCACAUGCCCAUUACCCGCUCUUUCCGAAGAGACUUGGACUCCCGGAUCUUCCUGCAUGAUAUUCCUCCAUUUGUUGAGGACGGAGAACCGUGGUUCAUCAAAAAUGAGACCCCUUUGAUGGUCAAAAUCCAAAAACACACUUACAAGUUCAGGAACAAGAAGGAGCACUCCAGCUGGAACAUGGGCGCCAUCCUGGAGGGGGAUCGGAGUGGCUUUGCAUGCCGUGGCCCCAAGGAGCGGCUUGCCAAGGAGAUGAUCCUGAAGGCCGAGGAAGGGAACUACGACUGGAUUUAUGGGAUCCUGAGGGACAACCUUGCCAGUCCCGACGUGGCCGACGCACGGGGCUACACGGUGCUCGCUGCAGCCGCAAUUCACUGUCACAUUAACAUUAUCAAUCUGCUGCUGGACAACGGUGCUGAUGUGAACAAGUGCACGGAUGAGGGCCUCACGCCUCUCAACAUGUGCUUCCUCCUCUACUACCCAGCCACGUCCUUCAGGCCCAACAUCGCCGAGAGGACGGUGCCCGAGCCCCAGUGCUUUCCAAAGGAAAUUCAAAAACUCUCAGUUAGUCACUACUCCUCCUUCGCAUUCCAUGACUCAGACUCAAUCUACAAUGAUGACUUGGUACCCAUCUCAGAGAGCCCCAAGUCCAGCGUCUGGAGGGACAGCCCCCAGAAGUGGGAGUCCACAUUGCCGAGGGGCAGUGUCAGCAUCAGCGACCAGGGCCAGGAGCUGGAAGAUGUGUUGGAGAGCUUGGACCGGUGCACACCGUGCAGCAGCACCGAGACCAACUUUGAGUCUAACCACUGCGUGCAGAACUACUCCAUCAGGUUGUCAUGGAAUAUGCUGGAGAAGAGUGCCAGGGCUUACAGCAUGCUCAAGGUGCCCUCCCCUGAGGCCAUCUCUGACAAAGGAACCAUGAGGCAGAUGGCAUGGACCAUGACCAAUUGUGACAUGCCAGAGAUGCUGCCUUCAAGCAUGAAGCUCAACAAUGAAGUAGGCCCACCCAGGGUCUACAGCAGCGUGAACAUGUCCGUCCCUGAAGAGGGGGGCAGGACACCUCUGCAUGUGGCCUGUGAGCGGGAGGACAACUACAGGUACGCCAGGGAUGUCGUCCACCUCCUCCUCUCCAACAGAGCGAACAGCAGCCUGCUGUGGGGCGGCCACUCCCCGCUCUCCCUGUCCAUCGCCAGUGGGAACGACCUGAUUGUGAAGGAGCUGCUGACCAAUGGCGCUGACCCCAACCUGCCUCUGACCAAGGGCUUGGGCAAUGCCCUGUGUGUGGCCUGCGACAUCGCCUACGAGCACCGAAGGAGUGUGAACAGCAGGCUGGGCCUGAUUGACCUGCUCAUCAAUUAUGGGGCCGACAUCCUGGCCCCUGUGACACUCACGCAAGGGGACAAGGUGGCUGUGGGCACAGCCGUCGACUACGGGUAUUUCAAAUUCUUCCAGGACCGGAAGAUUGCCCACUGCCCCUUCCACACGCUGAUGCCGGCAGAGCGGGAGACGUUUGUGGCGCGGAAGCGGCUCCUGGAAUACAUGGGCUUCCAGCUGCGCUCCGCCAUCAUGGCCAAGGAGAGCCUGUGGGACCCAAAGGUGCUGUGCUUGAGCAAGAAAGCGCAGAUGAUCCCCUGCCACAAGCUGAAGCAAAGGGACCCCAGCACGCCCAAGGACCCGCAAUUGGAGGAGCUGGAGCAGACUCCCUUCUUCAAGUUCUGCUACCAGUGUGGCCGCUCCAUCGGGGUGCGCCUGCUGCCCUGCAGCCGCUGCUACGGGAUCCUGACCUGCAGCAAGAGCUGUAAGACCAAAGCCUGGGCCGACUUCCACGGCAGGGACUGCGGCACCCUGGCAGCCAUCGGAAGAAAGUACUUGUCGGAGAUCAGGAAGAAGUUCAAGAAGUCCGUGAACAAGUACCCAGAGCCCUUGGGGUUGCUGCUCCAGUUGAACAAAGUGUACACCAGCUACAGUCAUGAAUGAGCCAUGGCUGCCCACCUGCCCCAAGGCUGAGUGGGCCCCAGCGCCCAGGAAGGGGGAGGAGCAGGGCAUCAGGCACCCUGGUCUCGUGGAGGCCAGGGGAGCAGGCAGCCACUGCUCUACAGGUACCCCCAGCCCCACUGCACCCAGGCUGUCAGGGGAGCCCCUCUGUGGAGCCUCAUUCUUCUCUCAGGGACGUGCUGUCCACCAUGUUGGGGGGCCCUGCCCCUCACGCUCCGGGGGUCUGGGCUGGCGGCACUGAGCCCUCAGCACUCCAGGCUUCUGGGGAGAGGCUUUGCUGAAUGUCUGCCAGGCUGCUGGUGUGGGCUGUGAUGCCCAAAUAAAGGGACUCAGCAGCA